AUGCAGGGCACCCGGCUGGGGAAGAUCCGCGCCUACUGGCUUGGAAGCGUGGUCUGCAUAGGGGGUUUCCUCUUCGGAUACGACUCAGGCAUUGUCGGUGGGGUGUUGACCCUCGCCUCGUUCCAGAACGACUAUGGCUACGCAAAAGCCGGGGCAACGCGGACCAACUCACUGUCUGCGCUGAUGAUCUCCAGCCUCGUCUUUUUCGUAGGCGCGCUCAUCCAGACCAUCAACACGCACUCUCUGGCGGCCUUUUAUGCCGCGAGGGUCAUCGCCGGGCUGGGCCUGGGCACGGCGACCGUGGUGGUCCCCAUGUUCAGUUCCGAGAUGACGCCCAAGGAGAUCAGGGGCCAGAUCGGCAGCUUCUUCCAGUGGUUCUUCACCUUUGGCAUCUUUGUCAGCUACUGGGUCGACUACGGCGUCGCCCUGGGCCCGAGCAACUCGCGGCAGUGGCAGAUCCCAAUCGGCCUGCAGCUCGUCCCUGGGGCGCUCCUCGGGCUCGGGAUGCUGACCCUGAAAGAGAGCACGAGGUGGCUCACCAAGAAGGGCCGCCACGACGAGGCCCUCGAGAGUCUCAAGUGGAUCCGGGCGGACGACUCCCAGGCCGUGCUCGAGGAGAUGGAGGACAUCAGGCUCGGGGUUGAGCUGGAAGUCCGCGCCACCGAGGGCUUCCGGCCGAGGGAGCUCCUCCAGGGCGACAACUUCAGGCGAAUCCUGGCCGCGUUCGCCAUCUUCGCAGCACAGCAGGCCAGCGGCGCCACGGCCUUUGCGUACUUUGGGCCACAGUACUUCAACCUCCUGGUCGGGCCAGGCAACAAGAGCCUGCUGCUCACCGCCAUCUUUGGCGCCAUCAAGGUCGUUGCCUGUGGCAUAUUCGUCCUGUUCGUCUCGGAGCGGGUCGGGCGGCGCAAUGUGCUGAUCGUGGGGGCUGCUUUCAUGGCAGCGUGCCAGAUCACCACUGCGGCCGUCGUCAGGGCGGUCCCUCCGCCUGACCAAGCAAGUGUCACCAGCGCUGGUAUUGCGACGGUAGCAUUGAUAUACCUGUUCGUCAUCGCGUACAACUUCAGUUGGGGGCCGAUGCCGUGGCCUUAUGUGGCCGAGAUAUUCCCUACUCGGAUCCGUGAGCCAGGUGUGGCCGUUGGCGUUGGUUCCCAAUGGCUGUUUAACUUUGUCUUCUCCUUGACGACGCCGUAUAUGAUCGCGAAUAUGGGCUGGGGCACAUUUCUCCUGUGGGGAGUUUUCGACGUUGUUAUUGCACUCGUGGCUUUCUUCUUCCUCAAGGAGACAAAGGGAUUAUCGUUGGAGACCAUUGCGCACCAGAACUUCAAGAAAGGGAGCUCGGAGGGCGAUAAUAUAUCCACCAAGCAGCACGACGAGGACUCCCAUUGA